GAAGACACAACAUAUUCAACAUCAAGGAUAAAUAGCGUAACUGAAUUCUAAUUUGUUUCAACUCAGAAUGGCCAUUGAAAAUAUCUCCGUUAUCAUGGCAAUAUUUACAACUCUAUUACUCAAUACUUGCAAAUCUGUGAGGGAAAAUUCAUUAAAAACCACCAUCACACGGCGUGAUGAUUUGGCCAAUCGAACUCUCCUCAACUUCACUGAUUCUAACACCAUUGCGUUUGAAAAGUGGAUUGAGGUAUCAGAUGGAGGGAGAUCUAAGGCUACACUAGUAAAACUUAAAGGACAGAAUUAUCAAUCAGGUAUAUUAUUCUAUCUUCUCACUCCACUAAAAAAUGGAUCAAGCUUUGCUGGAGUUCACUGGAUAGUGAAUGAUAUUGUUUUGCCAUUAUAUGACGGUGUGAUAAUUGACGUACAUAGACAGGGUCCACAUUCUCAUUUCAGAUUGUUCUAUGGCGAAUGUUCGGACACAAGGAAUUGUGUAUCAUGUGAAUCAUUUUUCAAGACGUCUGGAGAACGAGAACAAGUGAAAAUACCAUUCCGUAAUUUUUCAUCGUAUCCUCAUGUAGCAUCACAAUGUAAUUCAAAGUUCUCAGGAUUAACCCAGAAGUCACAUAUCGGUAUAAAAGUUUAUGGAGGAAGCAAUGAGCCGGAAAACCAAUGUGGUCCAGGUUCCAUUGAAAUAUUCACCAUUUCAGCAUAUAAGGAAAGUCAAAUGCUAUCUUAAAGAAAUCAAGCUCAUAGGAAUUUCAGACUAUUUGGUGUGUAAUACUUAUUGAUUUUGUGAUCGUGUUUAGUUUGUAAUAAGUAGCUUUAUCAAUAAAUAUCAUACGUCUACCUGGGAGUUUUGAAUGUUUCACGGGUUUCUUGAAAUUCAUAUAAACAUCAGUGAUGGCAAGCCUUGAUGAGAAUCAGGCAUGUGAAUGAACACGUAUUCAAAUGAUUGAAAACAUUUAUUCGUUGGUUAAUCAUGGACCUUCAGGUGUAUAACACACAUCAAAAAAUGGUUUAAUUCCGGGCUUCCAUAUGAAUGUUAAAUUUCAAAAACUUGAAC